AUGACCACAUUCUACCAAUACGGGUUCACUUUUGGCGACGCAAAAACGCUGUAUGGAACUAACAGAAAAUUCUGCCUUAGUUUCCAUACACAACUGAGUAAUCUGCUGAAAUCUCAAUAUUUCACCAAAUUAUUUGAGGAAUGUGACAACUUCAUUUGGACCAUCAGAGAACCGUUCACAUACUUGGUCCUCGCACUUUGGUCACUAUCCCUCUUCUACCUCAUCUGCGUAAUGGUUGGCAGACUGGAUGUGCUCCACAUCAAAUCGCACUUACGAUCACCAUCAUCGCACAGGAUAACGGCGCAAUCAUUGUUGGCUGCAGCGCAAGUCGGAAGGCUUGCCAAGAUAUCUUACCUACAACCGUAA